AUGUUGUCCCUUAAAGGUCUCCUGAACCCAGCACCAGCUGGAGAUAAUGACCCCCCCUUUCCUCGACCAAGUCCUGCGCUCGAGUUUCCACCAAUCCCGAACUUCGAAGAGGCAUCAACUCAAUCUGGGAACCGUUUUAUGAUGGUUUUUGAUAGAUCCGGGCCGAAAGACGCCAACAAUAUGGCCAAGUCGAAGCUGCGCGGUCCAGUCAAGUUUCACCCUUUCGAGCAGCAUCUCGACGAGGUUACUUUGCAAGAGAUACACCGAUUCCGAGUCAAGCCAUUUGGGAAUAUACAGGAUUCAAGCCUUCACAUCCCAUACAACAGUGGCAAAAAGGACUUUUACGAAAAGACAGGACGAGAGAGCUUUGAGGUUUUCAAAUACGAGUUCACCUUGGCUGAACAGAACACUGAUUACGCUGUGAUGUGGGACUAUAAUGUUGGGCUCGUUCGCAUGACUCCUUUCUUCAAAUGUCGCGGCUACGGAAAGACAAUUCCGGCAAAGAUGCUAGGCCUCAACCCAGGGCUCAAAGAAAUCACACAUAGCAUUACUGGAGGUUCUAUAGCUGCUCAAGGUUAUUGGAUGCCAUACACAUGUGCCAAAGCUGUCUGCGCAACCUUCUGCUACUCUAUCGCGGGUGCCUUGAUUCCAAUCUUUGGCCCAGACUUUCCAUCUCUCUGCAUUCAUCCCAGCGCGCCUGACUUCGGCCGCAUGGUCAUCAGCCAGCAAAUAAUCAUCGAAGCUACCCAUGAAGCCGAAAUGACUAGGCGUAUGCAUAUGAGUACGAUCCCACCUAGCUUCCAUGGCGCUACGAGCUAUCCGAGAGACGAUCGAAGUAUUCCACCGAGUAUUUAUGCCCAAGACGAGCGCCGCCACCGAUUCCGGCCCCGUCUGUUCUGUGACCCAUCGUGGGCCAUGGACAGCGACGUCGAAUGCCAUUACAUGUCAGCUCCCAACUCAGCCUCGAGUAGCGGCUCGGGACUUCCUGGCUAUAUGGUGACUUCUCGUCCGGGAUCUAGUUGGACCGUUGCAAACCAGUCUAGCCCUGAGCCUAAUCCCUUGCUUAGUGCGGUCCCUCGCAUCCCACCUUUGCAGAAUGAAGGAGGUCUCUCUUGUGCUCCGUGGGGACCUAAGAGACGACUGGACUACGAAGACUGGGACAGCUUUUACAGAGAGAGUGCCAGUCCCGCCAUGAGCCCGAGAUCUAUUCUCAUGGUUUCGACCCCUGACGCCAGUCCUAUGAGGCAACGAGUGAUCAAGACGCCACACAGCGUACCUGAUGCGGCCCAGAAGGACGCAGCUAUGCUUCUCUUAAACCUCAGGAUGCAAGACCAGGGGCCCUCUGCUCCCAACGCCGUCGAGUCGCCGCCUCCUAUCCAAUUGCAGCCUGAGCUCGAGGAAGGACGUCGCAAUAAGAGACUGCGAGCCACUUCGUUGUCCAAAUAA